AUGUUCGACAACAAAUCACGGCUCUUCAUGCGGCCGUUCACCCUGCAGCCGCGCCUUUCCCACCGAUCCACCCACUGGGGCCGGAUGACCCUUCAUGCCGAGUGGACCAACACAUCGGCCUCCUUCACGCGGUAUCUGCCCGUGGUCCGGGGGUUCCCCUUCCUGCUGCCGGCUUGCGCGGGGAUCCUCCUGGGCGCCGUGGCCGCCGGGUUGGACUUCCGCCUGCACUUGGAGCGGGCAUGGGACCAGUCCAUCGACCCGGGGCGCUUCUACAAGUACAAGCUGCUUGGAUGGAUCGGCAAGCGUGAGGGGCUGCAAAAGUACGAGCUCCACGACCCGGACAAUGUGGCCGCGCUGCAGACCAUGACCGAGGCCGAGCGCGAGCUCAACCGAGCCAUGCUGUCGGCAUCGUCCGGCGCGCCGAAGUCCCUCGCGGACUCCCUGUGA